CCCACCUUUAAAUUUUCUUGCCAUGGCUUCUAUCGCGGCCCCUCAAGUAUACCCAGAAGGUCUUAAGAAGCGCUCGCGAUUAGCUGACUCAUUCGACCUCUCGAGGAAGCGUCAGCGCCGCGGCGUAGGCGAAACCAACGUCCAGGAUGAGGCCACCGACGCCGCUGAUGUGGCCAAGUACAGCCAGCGCCAUGUCGAGUACUUUGAGCAGAUGAAGCAGGCCGAGAUUGCCCGAAUUAGGGCCGAGUAUGAGCAGUUCAUCAUGAAGAAAGAGGCCGAAUUCCAGCGGCUCGGCCAGGAGCUGCAGCAUACACAGGAACGCGUGGCCGCUCAGGCCAACGAUGCGGCCCGACUCCAGGGUGAAAACAAGCUGCUGAAGCGCGCCGUGGCCAUCCAGAAUCAGCAGAAAGAGGAGGUUCAGAACGAGAACAACGCAUUGAAACAGCUGGCCACGCAGGCCGCCGAGCACAUGAAGCGUCUAGAGCAGGCCAACUACACGCUGAGGGUUCAUCUGCAGACCAGCACCAACGCCGGUCUCGGCCACCAGCAACAGCCACCUGAUGUGUACUAGGCCAUCGAUGGCCACACAUGACCAGGUCUUGACCUUCACUGGCCAAGGCAUUCUAUAGACGACCCAGUCCCGUUCUACUACUAUUCAUUAUUCUAUGGGCCGAUGUUGGAGUAUCAAAAGGCAGAAAGCUGCCACGAUACUUUGGCUCUCUCUCCCGUGACACCGUCCACGUCGUCUGUGUCUUCCGUCACUCAGUUGGAAGUGGUCAGCCGUCGGGAAGCUUUCUACUUCGUCCUCCACGAUUAACAACAAUCCAGUUUCUUCUCGACGAUCGACUGAGCUACCACCUGACGCAGGGCGAGUAAAGCACUUACUUUAUUUCGCAAAAAGCAUUUAAACCCCACAAACAUUGCCUAAUGCCAAAC